AUGGCACUGGAGUGGCGUGCGAGUUCGGGGACUCCAGGCCACAGCAUUGAUGGGUUUAGCUUAAGGAACUGCUUCCCCCUGGCAUUGGUUCCCCUCUGCCAGUGUUUGUUGGCACUCAUCCCAAGGGCCCAAGGGAAUGGCGAGGCAGCCCUUUAUAAGCACCCACAACGUCAAACGAGGAAGCGCAGGACUCCUGCAGCAGGAGCGAGGGGGAGCCAAGAGGGCCAAUUCGACGCCCGAUGUGCUGUGAUGCUCCAUAGACAGAGGACACAGCUUGGUGGAGGCACAUUCCGCUGGAGCACACGGACGAGGAGGCCAUCGACGUUGCCUGCCUCGCCAUCUUGUGCCCAGGUGGGCAAACCUGGCAUGACGAGUCUGAAAAUGCCAACCCAGCUAGGACCAGAUAUGCGAUGUUGUGUGUCAGGCGGUAAAAUCGGGGUGCUCCAUGGUACAAGGAAGGAGGGGAAAUCGGGCAGUCUACACCAUGUGAACAAUGACUUGUAUUGA